AAAACAACAUCUCACCUUCUUUCUUUAGUCCAAGUGCUGGAGCACGUUUGAGUGACCAUGGAGUGCGUUUGCUGUCAUGUAGUUGAGCGUUAACACGGCGUGAAUAUCCGAAGAGGGGGACUUUAAGCGUGGAUUCCGAGGAGCCAGAGUCUGUACCAUGGCUGCUGCACGGGAGGAAGGAGAGGUUCUGCACAGUAAAACGAGGCACCACCACGACGGAGCUGGAAGUGUAAACAGCUCAGAGGGCUUCAGGAACGGCUAUGUGAAGAGCUGCGUCACCCCUCUCAAACAGGACCAUCGGAGGGGAUUUUUGUUUAAUGUGUGCAGGUUUUGCAACGAAGACAUACUUAACUCCAAACUAUUGAAGGUCUCAGCCUUGUACGUGAGCGCGUUUGUGAUCCUCGCGGUGUCUUUCCUCAUUUCUAGGAGCUUGCAAAGUGACUCUCUUUGGGAUUUGCGGACUUUUUUGUCGGGCUUCUCCCAGUCCAUCAGCCCUUUAUUCAGCAUAGGAUGUGCUUUCUUCUUUCUGACGUUUUACCUGAGGAGGAAAAAGAGGGAGAGCAGUAAAUGUUGGCUCCUGUCACUGCCAGCUUCGUGUUACCUCGGGGAUUUUUUGGUUUUGCGGUUUUUGCAAUGGGGAGAGGACCAACACCAGAUGCAAAUGGUGGGCAGGUUGUUAUUCGUGUUGGGAUGUGUGGGUCUGCUCACACUCAUCCCCACUUUGAAACUCAAACACAGUGUUCUUAUACUGGUUUUCGCCAGCGUUGUGUGGCUGGUUUCUUUCACAAGUUUGAGCGGACUGCCCGCCCUGCUCAGACCCCUCUUCGCCUGCUUUACGGGGUUUUGUGGCUCCCUGUUGGGGCUCUGUUUUGACCGCUACUACCCGACGAGGGAAGCACCGAGUGGGAUUUCCACCACGGAGGAAAAGGUCCCUGUGAUCAGACCUCGGAGAAGGUCCAGUUGUGUUUCACUUGGGGAGACAUCGACCAGCUAUUAUGGCAGCUGUAAAAUGCCUCGCAGACCUUCGUUACCCUGUAUAUCCAGAGAACAGAUGAUCCUGUGGGACUGGGAUCUGAAACACUGGUACAAACCACAGUAUCAGGGUGCUCUGACAGGCAACGGCGUGGAUCUGUCUGUAAUAAACGAGGCCAGGAACCUGGUGUCAGACCUGCUGAUGGACUCGUCUCUGCAGCCGCACACCACCUCCGUUCUGCGCAGCGUCUCCAGCCUCAUGGGGACGUUUUCAGGCUCGUGCCGCCCCAGAGUCAACCCCUUCACCCCCUUCCCGGGUUUCUACCCCUGCGACGAGGUGGAGGACUCUAUAGAGAGGGGAGAGAGGAAAACCAUAAAGGGUCUGAGCAGCAGGAACAGCCUCCCCACGCCUCAGCCCAGACGGAGCUCCACCUCCUCUGGGCUCCCUUCUCUUGACUCCGCCUCUUCACGCUGGGAACGUAACAAUGGCAAGAGACCCCACCCUGACCUCAACAUGACCAGCCCAGGUCUCUCUAACGGGCCCAACCCAAACCUGCUCACCAUUCCCAAGCAGAGGUCUUCCUCUGUCACUCUCACUUACCAUGCAGGGUCCAGGAGAGCUGGCACGUCUCCAAGCCUCAGCCCGGUCACCUCUCCAAUCCACGGUCCCCUCGCAGUCAGUGCAGGGUCCUCAUCGUCCCUCGUCAUGCGAUCCCCUGUAGAGUUUCCAGACACAGCCGACUUCCUGACAAGACCGAGUGUCAACCUGAACCUGCACAAGCCUCUGGGCUACACUCUCAGCUCACCUGAUUUCCAGCAGUCUUUCCGUAGCUCCGCCUUCCCUAUGUGCACAGGCUGCGGCUGUCAGAUGCUCAAGGGAGUUUCAGGUGGUGACACAGGGGACGCUUAUCAACCAUUCUCCAGUGAGGUUCAACGCAGACGCUCAGGUGAAGGGCUGGACUUCACAGGAGAGCCUCUGAUCAGGGAAGAGAGCGUUGAGGUGGACACGUCCGGUGACGGGACAUCUGACGCUACAGGGAACCAGGGGCAGGCGGAGGAGGAGCAGGAAAAGAGCCAGAGCACAGCCCAGCAGACUCAGGAAUCAGAGGGUGAGCAGGAGUUCAGACUUGAUCCGAUGCUGGUGGAACAUGAGGCUGUCAUGGAGAGGAUGAACACUUGGAACUUUCAGAUCUUUGACCUGGUGGGCAGAACAGGAGGGAAGACGGGAAGGAUACUCAGCUAUGUGACGUACACACUUUUCCAGGACACAUGUCUGUUUGAGAUUUUCAAGAUCCCCGUGAGGGAGUUCAUGACAUACUUUUGUGCUCUGGAAAGCGGCUACAGGGACAUUCCCUAUCAUAACCGGGUCCAUGCUACUGAUGUGCUCCACGCUGUUUGGUACAUGACCACUCGACCAAUCCCAGGGUUCCAGCAGAUUCACAGUGAGCAUGUGACAGGAAGUGACACAGACUCAGACAGCGGGAUCUCUCCGGGCAGGAUAUCAUACUUAUCCUCCAAGAGCUCCUCGAUUUCUGACGACAGCUACGGCUGCCUGGCCUGGAACAUACCUGCCCUGGAGCUGAUGGCCCUUUAUGUAGCAGCUGCAAUGCACGACUAUGACCACCCCGGUCGCACAAACGCCUUUCUCGUAGCCACUAACGCACCUCAGGCAGUACUGUACAACGACAGGUCAGUGCUGGAAAACCACCACGCUGCAUCUGCCUGGAGCCUCUACCUGUCCCGGCCCGAGUUCAACUUCCUGGUCAACCUGGACCACGUGGAGUUCAAGCGAUUCCGCUUUCUUGUCAUCGAGGCCAUACUGGCUACAGACCUCAAGAAGCACUUUGACUUCCUGGCUGAGUUCAAUGCUAAGGUGAAUGAUGUGAACAGUCCAGGAAUUGAUUGGACCAAUGAGAAUGACCGACUGCUGGUGUGCCAAGUCUGUAUCAAGCUGGCAGACAUCAACGGACCGGCUAAAGUCCGUGACCUGCACCUCAAGUGGACAGAAGGCAUCGUCAAUGAGUUUUAUGAGCAGGGAGACGAGGAAGCUCAGUUGGGAUUACCAGUCAGCCCCUUCAUGGACCGCUCCUCACCACAGCUGGCGAAGCUCCAGGAGUCCUUCAUCACUCAUAUCGUCGGACCUCUUUGUCACUCGUACGACGCCGCGGGUCUUCUUCCCGGCCACUGGAUUAAGGAAGAGGGAUCGGACGAAGAGGACGACGACGAGGGGCAGGUGGACUCGGACGACACAGAUGAGGAUGAAGACGAGGAUGAUGAGAUGGAUGAUGAGCUGGCACCAAAAAGGAGAAAGAAGCGCCGCAGGUUGUUCUGUGGCAUCAUGCAUCACCUGACGGAGAACCACAAAGUGUGGAAAAAGAUCAUCGAGGAGGAAGACAAGAGCAGCAAGGAGCUCGGCAAACAGCAGCAGCAGCAGCAGCCCGACAGCAUGCCGGCCAGCCUGCCCACCUCCCCGUCAGACGACAUCCAGGUGAUCCAGGAGGAGGAGGAAGGAGAGGAGCGACAGUAGCAGGAGGACGAAGGAAAGAGCGGAGAUGUGUGUGAAAAAGAAGAGGAGAGGCAGUGAAAGGACAAAUAAGAGUCUCUCGACUGCCUGCCUUUCUAAAACAAAAACACAAGACAUGAUACGUACAGUUGACAAAUGCACAUAAGACUCACUUCAGUCCCUCUUUCUAUCCCACACACACACACACACACACACACACACACACACACACACACACACACACACACACACACACACACACACACACAUACACUAACAUUGGAAGAUUCACUGUGCAGAUGCUUUCGCAGUCACAUUGUUUUUUUGGAGAAACAAAAAGGCCUUACUACUGUGAGCGGAUCCUUGCUGCAUCAGUGGGAGCCCAACUCCUAUGCACUUUCACCCUCCUGUGAGAACCGAGUGCACGCAGUCAAAACAGAGGAGGAAGCACCAGAACUGAGAAGGAAAGGUGCAGGAGGAGAGAGCGGAUGGGGGGUUUCGACAUUGACGCGCCCUCCUGGCUGUGAUGCUGCCUUGAAUGCAAAGCGCUUACACCUCCCUUAGGUACAAAACGAUUCCUGUCUAUUUAAAAAAAAAACAAAAAAAAAACAAGAGGUAGAGGAAAAAUAAUGAAGCAAGCGACAUGAAGUGAUUGAUACCCUUUACCAAAGUGAACAGUUCAAACAUGGAAAGACAAGAGACUGAGACUGUUGCAGCCUCAAUGUCAGGUAUAUUUUUGGAUUAUAUAUUCACAUAAAUAUAUAUAUCAAAUGUGCCUGUCUGAACCUUUACUGAGUCUAUAAAGGCCCAGAGCCUAGGCUUGUGUAGUUCUCUCUCCUUGCUGGUGACACGAAACACUGUAUAAGACUCAGUCACAGAGACAUUAUUGAAAUGUUGACUGAUUAAUAGCAUUAUAUUUGCAUCAUUUUUGAUGCUUUUACUCAUGUGUACCACCCAUGUUUCUUUUUCCUUUAACUCUCCUCGCUUCAUUUUUGUUUGAGUGUGUGAAUACUGUUUGGGCGGAAAUGUGAUGGAGAGAAUGAGCAGGGAGAAAGAGAGCACAUUUUUAAUUAUUUUAGUACGUAAUAUGUGUGUAUGUUUGUGUGUCCUUUUCAGUAAGGCUUGGCUUCUAAUCAGCGAAAUGUCCUCUGGUGUUUAACAUGUUGCAUUCAGAUCAGGAGUGUUGUUCCAAUGAAUGGAUUCUUCAUUUUUCCUUUUUUUUUUUUUUUUUUUAAAUUCUAAGUAUUUUUUUAAAGGUUACUCAGGAUUCACACAAAGUUGAAUAAUUAAUUUUUUGCAAGAUUUUAUGUGGAUAUGAAAUACACUUCAAAAACUAAGGAAAUUAAAGUCUGGGUGGCUGAAGUUAUCUUGUAAUCUCUUCAUGAUGAACAACAUGGCUACAAACAAAUUGAAGCAAAUGAAAUCCUUUGUGACGGAGGGGUGGGUGGAGGAUGGGUGGGGCAGGGGGGGGAUACUGUAUGUGCAGUCUCGUGGCCAUUCAGACACUGUUUGCAUAACCUUUUUACAACCUCACUGGAGAAAAGUUUCUAUUGAUUGUCAGCAGACUGCAAACGUUUCUCCUGCAGCAACUCAUUGUACACGUUUUCAGUUCUAUAACAGUACGUUAAGUAACUCUUUUUUUUUAACAAACAGCACUAUGUCUACUCUCCUGUGUUUCACACAUGAACAAACAUGGAUUUUAAGACUCAUUUAAAGCUCACCCAACAUGUCUUUCUUCAUUUAUAUCAUUUUUGCCAAACCCAUAACUCGGCCAGUGUGUAAAGAAGGGAUCCAGGGUUUCAUUUCACUUUGGUCUUGUUUAUAUAUUAUGACGUGCCACACGGCAGGUUUAAAAACUACUACUUCUAUUUUUGUCUCUAAGAACUCUUGGCAUUCCACUAGAAUAAGAUGGGGUAAGAAUCUCUGGAGAAUAUAAAGCAGUGUAAAUCAAGGGAGUAAUAUUUAAUAAUGAAAAAAAAAUAGAUACAGGUGUGCACAUUUUAAUACCAAACAAGUGUUUAGCCACUGUACAAAAGAGUAUGUGCAUAUAAAUAUAUAUUUUUUAAAUAAUCAAAUGAAUGCAUCUGUUUUCUACACGCAGCUGACAUGUUGUACAUUGAGAUCCUGUAAUUACCAUUGUGUUUCCAGAGUUUUUAUCUACUUCUAUCCACAGGUGUAGAACUGUGGGGUUUGGUGUUUUUGAGUUUGAUUUUUUUUUCACUUGGUUUCAGCGUCUCCUUGUUCUGUAUCAUAACCACUCUUGUAUUCUUCAUCCUCUCUCUCUAUCAUCCUCGUCUCAGCCAAACCCAACUAGUGCCAAACUUUACCUACGUACAGUAGUCUCUGGGCUGUGAUGUGCUGAUUGGCGAAACUUUCUCUGGGCUCCAGUACUGUUCAUGCAAGAGAAAAACACCUCGGGUUGAAUAUUCCACCGGGCUCCAGGUGUCGGCGACAGUGUGGAGAGUCUGAGUUGGACUCAGGUCAGAGCCAUAUACUGUCUGACAGCUCUAUCAUCAGUUUUUUCACAUGGACCCAUGCUGGAUCAUAAAGCCGUGGUAGCACCCGACCGACCCGACAUACUCUGGCUCAUUAAGUUGUAAAAGUCUGUUGGCUUCUCACUGUGCCGUCUUUCAAACCACAGUGUCCUCUGAUGAUUGUGCCAUAAAUACAUCUAUGAAUGGUUGUUACCCUUCUGUAGCAUCAAUACACAUACGUUUGUCUGAUGUAACCAUUCACCCUUAUCUACAUUGUGGGGGGCAACUGAUUUUUUGUUGUUAUUUAUAGCUGUCAUAAAACACCAUCCCUAAAGUAUCA